GGUGGCCUUUUAGUCUCGGGGGGUUUGUAUUUCAAAGCCCCAGCUGGACACUGGAAAUUGGGGCUUGGCUGGGCAGAAGCCAGCAUAGCCAAGGCUUUCGUGGAGAUCCUGUUUGCAUGGCAUGGAGAAUGCGCUAUUCCGUCAAAAAAGAUGGGGUGAUUUUUCAGGAUAGGUUUGUGGGUCCCUGUGCAUUACGGAGUGUGGGCAGGACUCUUCCGAUCCUCUGUGUCCUCUGGUUUUCUUCCAUAGCUUGUGGAAAUAUACUGGAAUACCUGUCUCCCAAGACAAACAACUUUCAUCUGAGGACUUGAGAGCGUUGUAAAGAAACAACAUUGUUUUUUUUUCUUCCUGUUAUGUAUAGGUUAGAUUGGCUGUCUUAGUAGUUUAGUGGACUGUUGAAAUUUCCCUUUGACUUGCUGCUGCUUUUAUUUUUUUUACUAGCUGCUUGGUUCUGAAUGUAGCUUUUCCUCUGUGCUCUGAUUUUUGUUUCCUUUUGAUCACAGAAGCUAGAGGUGCUUGGACUGGCUUCAUCCCUUCUGGUGUGUUUCCUGCCUGAUCCAGGAGUACCUGGGGAGAUGCGUUCUCUGCAAUUUGCCCUGUUUAAUCUCAAAAGUCCAUAGCAGAGAGGUUUUCCACUAUGGCACCUGAGAAAUGGUUUAACUGCUGAAUAGACUUCUCUCUGGCAUGCUUCCCAUGCCCCAUGGCAAAUCCAUUGCAGAGAGCCUCCCCUGAUCUAUGGGAUGAAUUGCUCUCAUUAAGUCUUCACCUUCCUGUAAUGGAUUUUAUUCCUUCCUUUGGGUCAUUCUCUUGCAUGACCCCUCCCCUUCCUUAGUGUUUGGAGCCUUUGGAGACCUCCUUAUCGUGUUAGCGAUGUCACUGUUUAGCCAGGCCAGUUUUGAGGAAGACAGCCAGAAGCAACCAGCUGUGGGACACUGGAAGCCACUAAUGCCGUCCAAAGGCAGCAAGGAAGAGCCAGAGACUGGAUGCCAAGAUGCUGGAGGUGUGGAUGAGACUCAGUCCACCGAGCAGCUCAAUGUGUCACGUCUACGCAGCUCUUCAGUGGAGAUUCGUGAAAAGGGGUCUGAAUUCCUGAAGGAAGAGCUGCACAAAGCACAAAAGGAGCUGAAGCUGAAGGACAAAGAAUGUGAGAGAUUGUCAAAAGUCAGAGAACAACUGGAGCAGGAACUAGAGGAGUUAACAGCUAGCCUAUUUGAGGAAGCACACAAGAUGGUGAGAGAAGCAAACACUAAACAGGCGGCGUCAGAGAAGCAGCUGAGGGAGGCACGGGGGAAGAUCGACAUGCUGCAGGCAGAGGUUACAGCUCUGAAGACGCUGGUGAUCACAUCCACACCUUCUUCUCCCAACCGGGAGCUGCACCCUCAGCUCCAGAGCCCUUCUAAAGCUGUGUUCAGGAAGGGCCAUGGGCGAAACAAGAGCACCAGCAGCGCAAUGGUCUCAGCUGCCAGCCAGAACAUGACUCCAGAGCCAGUCAGUCAUGAGUGCAAAGAGUCUGGGUUACCCGCUCUCCUCUCUCUGCUCCUUUGUAUCAUCCCUGGGAAGGCUAUCCACAUCACCUAUGAACCAGGCUGGCAGGCCUUGGGGGCAGAUGUUUCCUCAUCCUUGCGGCAGGUCGACUCCAUUUUAUUUGCUGAGUUCCAGGCCUGGAAGGAAUCUCCAACUUUGGAUAAAUCCUGCUCCUUCCUGGACAGAAUUUAUCGAGAAGAUGUAGGACCCUGUCUGGACUUCACUAAGCAGGAGCUGUCAGAGCUGGUGCGAGUGGCUGUGGAAGAGAAUACACUCACAAUUGAGCCAGUUGCUUUGCAGACACUGCCAGUGGCGAAGGUGUCAGCAGAAGAGUGCGGUGGGCCAAAGAAAUGUGCUCUGAGUGGCCUCCCCAGGACCUGCAAGCACCGCAUCAUGCUGGGGGAUUCUGGGAAUUACUAUUACAUUUCACCAUCCUGCAGGGCCAGGAUUACAGCGGUGUGCAACUUUUUCACGUACAUUCGCUACAUCCAGCAGGGCUUGGUGAGGCAGGAUGUGGAGCUGAUGUACUGGGAGGUCAUGCGGCUCCGGAGGGAGAUGUCUCUGGCCAAACUUGGGUUUUAUCCCAGUGAGAUGUAAGCAGAGGCCUGAGCAUGGAAGAAACUGCUCCUGGAUGAAUGGCUUAUCAAAUGCAGUCUGCCAAACAGAUGAAAGCAGUGCCUCUCCUCCAGUGGGCCUUACUCCUUCCCCACCCUCCCUCUGCCUAAAGCUGAUCAAGGAGCAAGAAGCACAAGUUUCACCUUCAGCUGUCCCACUCUUCCAACUGUGACUGGAAUGCAGCUGCCAAGCUACCGCCUCGGAGCUGGGCUGGCCCUGGCUGCUUUGGUGUGGCCGUCUACAGACUGUCCUCUAUGGAGUCUCCUAUAUGCAGUGUAUAUCAAUUUUUUUUUUUUUUUUUUUUAAACUUCUGUUUUUAUAUGCAGUCUGCUUUGUCAUAGUCUGAGGCUGGCCCUGUGCAAGGCAGGAGUCCUGGACCUUCUCUUUGUAAGCAAGUCUUUCAGGACGGAUGCUGGCUGUCUGUCCAUCUGUUCCACUCAUUCUGUGGAGUGGAGGGUGCUGUGCCCAGCCGUACACCUAGGUCCUGCUGACCACUUACUCCCCUAACAGCCCUGUAAAUGCCAGCAGCACACAAAUAAUUUUAUGGAGAGCCAUGAACAGCCUGUUUCCAAGUACUUCCUUUCUCCCUUUAAAGGAGCCUUCAAGAGAAGCUUUCUGCCAACUGAGUCAGAGAGGUUUUUUUUUUUUUUUUCUGUUUUUAGCUUGCAAUUUGUCACUGGGUGAUCCAGGCUGGGGGAACAGCUGGAGCAGAGGCUGGAGCUGUGCACCUGGGGCCUUCACCAGAAGAAAGCAAGCAGGGAAACUGCUGAACUCAGAGCUAGCCACAGCUUGGCUGCAGUUGGUGCAGGAUGUUUUCUCCUGGUCUAGAGAAUCUGCUGCAGUUGCCACAAGCAGAUGCAGACCUUGACGGGUGGUGCCCUGUGACAGUCCUUGGUGCAGAAUUCCCCCAUGGUGCUCUUAGGUACAUACUUCACCCCCAAAUAUACCUAUGAGCUGUUACUGCUCUGAGAGAGCUUUGGGCAGUACUGUUCCCACUGUUCAGCUAAAAACCAUGGUCGCAGGCUGGGUUCUUUGUCUCCAGAAGGAACAUGUCCAGGCUGGGAGCUAUCUUGAGGCCCCAAGAUUUCCUCCCCAACCUUACAGUAGACCUAGAGAUACGCAUCUACUGGGAAGCCUAGCUUCUUCUGGGCUGCCAUUCCCAGUGAGGAAAUUUGAGCCAUCUUUGUGAGCACGUGAGGGAUGUGGCUGUGGUUCCUGUAUGCCUCAAAAUGUGCUGGGAGGGAUGUCACAGUGUUUUGUAGCCAAUUUAGCCCUUUUUUUAGUGACUGUGGAAUGAGCUCAGCCACUCCCCACCCUGGAGGUUUCAUCUCUCAUGGCAUUUCUGCACUCUUGAUGCAUGUCACCCUGUCCCUCUGCCAGCAUUGUAACUCCCAUCGUAGCAAGUUGGUGCCCAGAACCAGAUCACCACUGUCAGCUCCAUUGGGAGAUGCUACAGUAGGAACUCUGUAUCUUCAGUGGAGGAAAAUUAACAGCUGCUGUAUUUUUGUCCAGGGGAGAGCGGAAUAGAUGAGGAAAAUGAAAGUUUUUGGUUUGGAACCUAAUCCAAGGACAGCUUCACAGCAGAUCUGAGAACCUUCUGUGGAAGAACCCAUGAGCACAAUCUUUCCUGUCGCUGAGCUCACUUGCAGUAUGCUGCUGCGUUGCUCCUCAGGGGACCCUUUUCUGCAUAGCUGUACUGGCAUAUAGAAUUGUUUGCUUAGGGUUAGUAGGUAUGUGAAACAUGAGUUGUCAUCCCCAGAGCUGGGAGAACGCAUUCCUGACAAUACACAGUAGCGUUGAAUCCACCUCCUGCAGCUCGGAAAGGGCUGACCUCCAAGUCCAUGUCGUUAACAGCCUAGUUCUGCUUUAGCUUCCACAGCUGAGUGCCCCAACUCGUGCUGCCUUACCCUAGCUAGAUGAGUGUGUACAGCUGCUACUCUUCACCAAAGGAAUACGUUUCAAAUGUGGAGUAAAAGCCUGGAAAAUACAUCUUUGGGUAAGAUUCUGGCUGGGUCUUGAGCUAGUGAUAAACCCGCAUCUCUUUGGCCUCCGCAGACUUGUGGUAAUUUGACAUCAGCUUUUCCAGAGGAGAAAAUAGAAAUGUCUUUCCCCAGCUGCAGAUUUCAGCUCAGGUAAAUUCUAUCCCUGGCAGUUUCUCAUUGUACCUGUUGCCCCUGACCUUUUGAUCUCUACAUGUCAUCCUGUAUCAUUAGCUGCUACAUUGCACAACAGAUGUGGCUGCAUUGCAGCACUGGGAAUGAGAUGAUCUCUCUGUAGGAGAUGUUUUGGUUUGUGGGAUGAUUUUUUUCCUCCAGUGUCACUUUGUAAAGCACUUUGAGAUGAAAGGAAUUAGAGAAAUGCAUUGUAUAAGGUUGUCUUACAUUUAAAACAGAGGAGACAAUUUGUAAAUGAACAUGAAGUCACUCCGUUAACAGCGGGAUGGUUGCACCCUGCUCUUUAUUAAAGGAAAAUAAAGAUUUAUUAACCUCUUUAAA